GAAAUAAUACUCAACAUCAUAUAUACAAGGUAACAAAAAAUUGGACAUUCUAGAUUCUAGUUAAUGGUGAAUAUGCAUGUCCUGUAAAAUAAAAUAAUAAUAAAAAAAAAUCUAUCUACCUACAAGAGCUGGCACAUUCGAUGCACGUGUUGUCAUGGUGACGUAUAUCAAACAUGGCUUAGCAACUUAACAUGUUAUGGAUUGAACUUUCCAUCACUUUCCAUUCCAUGAACUCAUUCAUCAAAAAACAAUGACCAUCUUCUCUCUUCAGUCUCAGUUUCUUUCAUGUAAGAUUCCACAAAUUCCAUCACACUCUAAAGCUUCAAUCUUCAGAGAAAACACCAACCAACAAUUUACUCUGUCCGGAGUUUCAUUCUUGAAGCCAAGGAUUACUCUCUGCUAUUCUUCAAAAGAUGGUGACAACACACCAAGUGAAAGCAGCAACUUUUGCAUCAUUGAGGGGCCAGAAACGGUUCAGGAUUUUGUUCAGAUGCAGCUUCAGGAAAUUCAAGACAACAUAAAGAGUAGGCGCAAUAAAAUCUUUCUUCUCAUGGAAGAGGUGAGAAGGUUGCGUGUGCAGCAGCGCCUAAAAAGUUUGAGAAAAGUUGUGAAUGAGGAGGGAGAGGAAGAAACAAAUGAGAUGCCGGAAAUUCCAUCAUCAAUUCCAUUCCUUCCUCAUGUGACUCCCAAGACUCUGAAGAAGCUCUAUACAACAAGCAUAUCAUUCAUGUCUGGAAUAAUUGUAUUUGGCGGGCUUAUUGCGCCAACGCUUGAGCUAAAAUUAGGCAUUGGUGGAACCUCAUAUGAAGAUUUCAUAAGAAGCAUGCAUUUGCCUUUGCAACUAAGUCAAGUCGAUCCGAUUGUGGCAUCGUUUUCAGGCGGGGCAGUAGGCGUGAUUUCGGUGCUGAUGUUAAUUGAGGCUAGUAAUGUUGAGCAGCAAGAGAAAAAAAGGUGCAAGUAUUGCCAUGGAACCGGAUACUUAGCUUGUGCUCGGUGUUCGGCGAGUGGUGUAUGCUUGAACAUUGAUCCUAUUUCGGUGUCUAGUACAUCGACAAAACCUCUGCAAGUUCCGACAACCAAAAGGUGUGGAAACUGCUCCGGUUCUGGAAAGGUUAUGUGUCCAACAUGCCUUUGCACUGGGAUGAUGAUGGCAAGUGAACAUGAUCUGAGAAUAGACCCAUUUGACUAACUCUAAACUUUGAUUUUCAGCACUUGUAAUUUUGCUACAUUCUCUAAACUUAUAUAUGUGAUACCAUUAUACUUUGCAAGGAAAGUUUAUCAUAGCUCCAUUUCAUUGUGUUUGUAGGGUUAAAAUCUUUGUCAAGUUCUAUUCUCUUUCCUAGUUUCACUUUAAUCUAAGGUUUUGGCA